UGACAGCCCACACUUGUUUCCUGUAGAUAACACACACAAACCUCACACGCACACACACCUUGCCGUGCAGUGACAGGAAGCGUUAGUUCUUGACUUUCUGGUUGCGGGAUAUUUCGACUGAGCAGCCGCUUAUGUUUUAAACUCUCUUCAAAAUUAUUCACAAAGCGCCAAAAAAAAAAAAAAAAAAAAAAAAAUAAAAAUUAUUGAAUUAGAAUUUAAAAUUCAGAAGUCGAGAAGGAAAUAACAACAACUUCGGUGCAUCAUGUCUUCUGGAGGUUUAGGACCAGACAUCAGUCAGGAGGAGCUGGACUUUGACGAGCUGUUUUUGUAUAAUAUACCUGGGCAGCAUCAGCUGUCUGUUGGCUGUGACAAAGAGGAUCCAGUUGCUUUCUGUCCAAACACCGACCACACCCCACUGCUGGUGGUGGAACACCACUUCACUUCAGAUCAGUCUGCCUCCAGCCAGUCAUUCCACAGCCAACCCAAUGAAGAGAACCUGUCUGAGGCUAUGUUCGACUCUCUGGGCCUGGCAUCAGAACCAGGGAACAUCCCUGCUCCAAGCCCCAGGAUUGAGAUCACCCCAUCAGGUGACUCCCUCACCUCCCAGACCCUGGAGCCCAAAGUCUUUGGAGCCUACAGGGAGUGUGUGAGUCCUGCUAGCAGCAAUUCCUCCACAGGAUGGCCGCCAGAGUCAUACUCUCCGGCGGCAUCACCCUGUGUCUCCCCCUCCCACGGAGGCGGUUGCAGCACGGGAUUGUCAGCCCUAGACCUCUGCCCCGGCCUGCAGAGCAUCCAAACCCCUUCUUCCGUCCACUCCUCGCCAGGAGCUUCACCUCGCAACAGCAUCACAGAUGAGACUUUCCUGCUGCCGCAACAGCAGCAUGUGACUGUACCUCUUUCCCAGCAACGCUCUCGCUCCAUCUCACCACAUGGUAAACGAGCCUAUGACCAGGUGGGCCCCUGUCCAGACAGCAUCCCCGUCAAGCAGCGCUCUCGCAGCCCAAGUCCCAUCCCGUCACCUUAUGAGCGACAAGAAUCACACCAUCUUCAUCAGUACCAGGCCAAUCUUCAGUUUCAGGCCCAACUUCAAAGCUCCUCUUCAGCAGGUCAGGAGAAAGACUGGAAUUCCAGUCAGCCCAGAACAGUUCCCAUUGUUAUGGUACACAAUGCGCACGGCCCCGCUCUGACACAGGACUGCGUCUAUGGAGAGGUGUACGACUGGGCCGUCGAGCAGGAGAGGAUGGUCAGGUCUGGAGCUGAGGUCAAGUCCGACAUCUACUAUGUGGUCCCACCUGACCCGGCCAAUUACGGCACAUUUAGUUGUCCCUCGGUGGCUCCCCUACCAGCUUUCGAGUGGCCAUUGCCCAGCCAGUGUGGCCAGUGUGAGCUGUUGAUCCUGCAACAGCCUCGAUCUCACCACAGAGCUCACUAUGAGACGGAGGGGAGCCGUGGUGCCGUGAAAACAUCUAAAGGGGAUCAUCCAGAAGUCCAGCUCCGUGGAUAUCAGGGCUCAGCGCCGCUGAUGCUGCAGGUCUUCAUAGGCACAGCAGAUGAGCGGCUCCUGAGACCCCACGCCUUUUAUCAGGUUCACCGCAUCACCGGCAAAAAUGUCACAACGCCCAAUGUGGAGAGGAUAAUCAACGGGACUAAAGUGCUGGAGAUCCCGCUGGAGCCAACCAACCAUAUGAGAGUGUUGAUUGACUGUGUGGGGAUCUUGAAGCUGAAAAAUGCAGAUAUUGAACUGAAGAAUGGCGAGACAGACAUCGGCAGAAAAAACACACGUGUCCGUUUGGUGUUUCGUGUACACAUUCCGCAGCCGGGAGGACAGAUCGUGUCUCUCCAGGUCGCCUCUGAUCCCAUUGAAUGCUCCCAGCGAUCAGCUCAAGAGGUCCCCGCAGUUGAGAGGCAGGAUCUGGACCGAUGCUCUGUACUGGGAGGUCAACAAAUGGUCCUGACUGGACAAAACUUCACACAAGACUCCAGGGUUAUGUUUUCAGAGAAAACACAAGAUGGAAAACAAAUCUGGGAGAUGGAGGCCAGCGUGAACAAAGAUAAGACUCAAGCGAACAUGCUGUUUGUUGAGGUGCCCCCAUAUCCAGAUCAGACCAUUUGUCACUCAGUCAAAGUCAACUUCUACGUCAUCAAUGGGAAGAAAAAACGAAGUCAGCCUCAGCACUUCACCUACACCCCUAUGAUAGUCAUCAAAGCAGAGCCACUGGACAACUACCGGUCAAACCCAUACGGCAGCUCAGAUAACUGGUCGCUCUCUGCUCUGUCGGCGAAGCCUCUUUACCCAAACAACUUCCCUCAGGCUCUGAGCGUCUCUGCUACACCGUCCCACCUCACCACCAUAGACCCUGUAGCCUACAGCAUGUCAACACUCGCUCCCCUGGAUGAUCGAGCAGCCUACUACCAGAACAGGGCCAACAGUUUGAUCAACAGUCCAAUGCUCUACCACACGGCGAACCAACAUUACAGCGGCUGCGGUGCCGCACUUCCUGUGGUCUACCCGAUGGCCUCCCGUUCUGUUGGCAUCAAGAACUCGACAGAUAAAAUGACUAGAAGUCCACAGGUUGCGGAUUCGUUUGAGUCUUGUUUGACGUCAAGGCAGACAACAUUGCCACCGGGGAAGUCACCUUAUUCAACGUUCAACCAAGUUCAAGGCAAGGAUGCAUGUAGGAGAGAAGUGGUUGAAAGAAACCUUGAUGAAUGGGCCACAGAGAAAGUCACACUCAAACAAGAAAACCUCAGCUACACCUACUUGGAGGAUGUGAAUGACAUCAUUAAACGGGAUGUGAAAGGCCACAGUGAGGAGUAAAACCUGGAGCUCUGCAGCAAGGAUACAUGUGUAUGAAAUAUGCAUAAAGAAAAUAAUAACGAGCUUUAUCUCACGAGUCGGAUAGAAUAAAUUUAAAAUGAAAAUAAGAACUCAGCUAACUCAAAAGUCUAAGUCUCAAACAUUGUGUUAAUCAAUGUUAACUGUUAACCUGUUUACCUUUGUAAACUGGUUGUUGUAAAUGCAUGUAUAUUUUACAAUAAACAUAUAAAGUAAGUUAGUCAAGCGUUUAAUGUUGAGGUUUCCCUAAAAAUGUUCUAGUUACCAUGUCAGGUUUUUACUUUGUUAUUCAAAUAAAUAUAUUCUCAAUCACUCAA